AUGGCCUCCAUGCCGUCAGAGACAGCGCACAACCAUGAAACGUCGUCGUUUUUCGAUUGUGCCUGUACUUGCUUUCUGUUUUGCUUCUUCGAGCAGGGAAGUUCCCUCAGCGAGCUUCACGAGGCGACAGCAGAGUUCGAGCGAUUGAACUACAAAUUGGCUUCGACAUUGUCUGAAUCAGAUCAGGGAAAAUGGAAACUAGGAGUGAAUGAAUCGUUUACUGUUUCGUACCUCAUGAGUUCGCUGGGCUUGUCCCGCAAAGUAGCUACUGAAGUAUCCAAAAAGGUUCAAUUGAAAAACCCUGAUAAACCCAAUUCGGUGCUUAAUCUUUUUAGGAGCUAUGGAUUCUCAGAUACCCAGAUAUCUAUAGUUGUGAAAAUGCAUCCACGAGUGCUUUCGGCUAACCCUGAGAAGACCCUUUUGCCUAAGCUAAGGUUUCUCCAGUCAAUUGGGCUUUCGAGUUCUGAACUCCAAGAUGUCCUCAUUUCAAACUAUUGUCUCCUCGGUAUGAGCUUAGAACAAUGUAUAAUCCCUUGUUUUGAGGCCCUUAGGAGUUUUCUCGACAAUGAUGAGGAAGCAAAAAUAGCUUUAAAACGCUUUAAGUGGUUGCGUUCCCGCCAGGGCGUGACAAAUUUAGCUCAAAAUAUUAUGGUUUUGAGAGAUAUUGGAGUGCCCCGAUCGUCUAUCUCUCUACUGGCAACUAAAUACAUAGAUUCAGCAUUUCUGAAUCAUGCAAAUUUUGUUGAAUAUGUCCAGUUUGCUAAGGAAGCAGGAGUUGAUCCUUCCAAGUCUUUGUUCAUUAAUGCUGUUGCCGUUCUAGGACGCUUAAAGAAAUCUACUUGGCAGUCGAAACUGGAUAUCUUCAAGAGGUAUGGUUGGACCAGAGAUGUCACUCUCUCAGUCUUCAGCAAACAUCCACAAUGCUUGAUGCUGUCUGAGAAGAAUAUCACAAAGUCAAUGUCAUUUCUUGUGGAUGAAGUGGGUAUCCCGUUGGAAGGUAUAGCUGCACGCCCAAAGUUACUUCAUUAUAGUUUGGAGCAGAGGAUUAUUCCUCGAUACUCAGUAAUUAAAGUUUUGAAAAUGAAAGGUUUGGUAAAGAAGAAUAUCUCCUUCAUUUCUAUUGUCAGUUAUACUGAGAAAAAGUUUGUAGAGAAAUUUGUGACCAGAUUUCACGAAAGUGUUCCUCAGCUAUUGAACAUCUAUAAAGGUCCUUCAGGACGUUUAUCCAAAGUUCAGUGAUAUGUAGUUUCUUGGAGGGUAUGAUUGUGAUUUUUAGACUUGCAGUUAUUUUUUUGUUAACUUCUAGUUUGUAGGAUUCACAUGUGAAGGUUAUCAAUCAAUUUUAUGUGCGUCAUAAUUGAAGCUUAAGCCUUCUAGUUAAACAUGUAGUCUUGUAAUACAUCUUGCUGGUAUCUCUGUUCUUGCUGUCAUUUGGAGUGCUAAUUCGUUUAUUCAUUUCUUUGAAGAAGAUGCUGACUGCAUUCUGUUUCAAAGGAAUUUCUUCAUUAUCAACC